AUUUCUGUCCCGCCUCCAGGCCGCGGCUCUUUCUGCGAGCGGCGCGCGGUCGGGCGGUUGUUCGCAAUUCUUGCGGCGCGAGUCUCAGCAGCAAGGGAGGAGGCGGCGCGGGUGGCGGCGCCGUCGUCUGUAGAGAGGCCGGCAGCCAGCGGCUUGGCCGCAUCUCGGCAGCGCCUGGGGCGCGGCGGGCGUCGGCCCAGGAGACGCGUGGCGGCGCUCGGCCUCGCGGCAUCGGCGGCUGCCUGGCCGUUGGCGGCGAGCGCACUUGCGCCUGCGCAGCGGGCUCGGUGCCCCUCCUCCCCUGGGCGGCCCCCCCAACCCCCCGGCGGCGUGUGAAUGGCGGCCUCGGCGGCGGCGGCGACUGCGGCGGCCUCGGCCGCGACGGCCGCGUCAGCGGCCUCUGGUAGCCCAGGGUCGGGCGAAGGCUCGGCGGGCGGUGAGAAGCGCCCCGCUGCCUCUUCAGCCGCGGCGGCCUCGGCCUCCGCGUCGUCCCCUGCGGGGGGCGGUGGCGAGGCGCAGGAGCUUUUGGAGCACUGCGGCGUGUGUCGCGAGCGCUUGCGGCCUGAGCGGGAUCCUCGGCUGCUGCCCUGUCUGCAUUCGGCCUGUAGUGCCUGCCUUGGCCCCGCUACACCCGCCGCAGCUAAUAAUUCGGGGGAUGGCGGCUCGGCGGGCGACGGCGCUAUGGUGGAUUGUCCAGUGUGCAAACAACAGUGCUACUCCAAAGACAUCGUGGAGAAUUACUUUAUGCGUGAUAGUGGCAGUAAGGCCUCUUCUGAUUCCCAGGAUGCUAACCAGUGCUGCACUAGCUGUGAAGAUAACGCCCCAGCCACUAGCUAUUGUGUGGAGUGCUCUGAACCACUGUGUGAGACCUGUGUGGAGGCUCACCAGCGGGUGAAAUACACCAAGGAUCACACUGUGCGCUCCACGGGUCCUGCUAAGACUCGAGAUGGAGAACGAACAGUCUAUUGUAAUGUGCACAAGCAUGAACCCCUUGUGCUGUUUUGUGAGAGCUGUGACACGCUCACUUGCCGGGACUGCCAACUCAAUGCUCACAAGGACCACCAGUACCAAUUCUUGGAAGAUGCAGUAAGGAACCAACGUAAACUCUUGGCUUCACUGGUGAAACGUCUUGGGGACAAACAUGCCACACUGCAGAAAAACACCAAGGAGGUUCGAAGCUCGAUCCGCCAGGUGUCUGAUGUGCAGAAGCGAGUGCAGGUUGAUGUGAAGAUGGCCAUUCUGCAGAUCAUGAAGGAGCUGAAUAAACGGGGACGAGUUCUGGUCAAUGAUGCCCAGAAGGUGACUGAGGGUCAGCAGGAACGUCUGGAGCGUCAGCACUGGACCAUGACCAAAAUCCAGAAGCACCAGGAACACAUUUUGCGCUUUGCCUCUUGGGCUUUGGAGAGUGAUAACAAUACAGCCCUCUUGCUCUCUAAGAAGCUGAUUUAUUUCCAGCUGCAUCGGGCCCUCAAAAUGAUUGUGGAUCCUGUGGAGCCUCAUGGUGAGAUGAAGUUUCAGUGGGAUCUCAAUGCCUGGACCAAGAGUGCUGAAGCCUUUGGUAAGAUUGUGGCUGAGCGUCCUGGUACAAACUCCACGGGUCCUGGGCCCAUGGCUCCUCCAAGAGCCCCAGGCCCCCUAAGCAAGCAAGGUUCUGGUAGUAGCCAGCCCAUGGAAGUACAAGAGGGCUAUGGCUUUGGGACAGAUGAUCCCUACUCAAGUGCAGAGCCACAUGUAUCAGGCAUGAAGCGGUCCCGCUCUGGUGAGGGAGAAGUAAGUGGCCUCAUGAGGAAGGUGCCACGUGUGAGCCUUGAACGCCUGGAUCUGGAUCUCACCUCUGAUAGCCAGCCACCAGUCUUCAAGGUCUUUCCUGGAAGCACCACUGAGGACUACAAUCUAAUUGUUAUUGAGCGUGGUGCUGCUGCAGCAGCCGCUGGCCAGGCUGGGACUGUGCCACCAGGAGCCCCUGGUGCCCCACCCCUGCCUGGCAUGGCCAUUGUCAAGGAAGAAGAGACAGAAGCUGCUAUUGGAGCCCCUCCUGCUGCCCCUGAGGGGCCUGAAACCAAGCCUGUGUUGAUGGCUCUGACUGAAGGCCCUGGGGCUGAGGGACCUCGUCUAGCUUCACCUAGUGGCAGUACCAGCUCAGGCUUGGAGGUGGUAGCUCCUGAGGUUACCUCAGCCCCAGUAAGUGGGCCAGGUAUCCUGGAUGACAGUGCCACUAUCUGCCGUGUAUGCCAGAAGCCAGGUGACCUGGUCAUGUGCAACCAGUGCGAGUUUUGCUUCCACCUGGAUUGUCACCUCCCUUCCCUGCAGGAUGUUCCAGGGGAGGAAUGGAGUUGCUCACUCUGCCACGUGCUCCCUGAUCUAAAGGAGGAAGAUGGAAGCCUUAGCUUGGAUGGAGCAGAUAGCACUGGUGUGGUAGCUAAACUCUCACCAGCCAACCAGCGGAAAUGUGAGCGUGUUCUGCUGGCCCUUUUCUGCCAUGAACCGUGCCGCCCCUUGCAUCAGCUGGCUACCGACUCUACAUUCUCCAUGGUGAGUAGUCCCAGAAUAGGAGAGGUUGCAGGUGUCAAGUUGGUAGCCCCACUCAAUGUCUGUUGUCUCUCCCUGCAGGAGCAGCCUGGUGGUACCCUAGACCUGACCUUGAUUCGUGCUCGCCUCCAAGAGAAGCUGUCACCUCCUUAUAGCUCCCCCCAGGAGUUUGCCCAGGAUGUGGGCCGCAUGUUCAAACAGUUCAAUAAGCUGACUGAGGUGAGCCUGCAGAAUGAAGUGGGGAGGGGGCAGCAGGGGGAAGAAAAGCCAGAACCCACUCACCAGUGUACUCUUAAUUGGACCAGGACAAGGCAGAUGUUCAGUCCAUCAUCGGCCUCCAGCGCUUCUUUGAGACACGAAUGAAUGAUGCCUUUGGUGACACCAAGUUUUCUGCUGUGCUGGUAGAACCACCACCACUGAACCUUCCCAGUGCUGGCCUAAGUUCUCAGGAGCUGUCUGGUCCUGGUGAUGGCCCCUGAAGCUGGGGCUCUUGUGGUCAGCCCAGUCCAGCUCUGGUCUCUGUAUUUUCAACCCAUACCCUGUCCUUCCUCUGGUGGCCUGACUACCUGUUCUUGCUGGCCCCAUCCCUCAGUCCCUCCUCACAAAAUGGUUUUUACUUCUGUGGAUUUAAUAAAAACUUCACUGAGUCA